AUGUCGAAAGCAUUCAUUGGCAAGCCAGCCCCACAAUUCAAAACUCAGGCCGUCAUCGACGGAGAGUUCGUUGAUGUCUCGCUCUCCGAUUACAAGGGAAAGUACGUGGUGCUCUUCUUCUACCCACUUGACUUCACCUUCGUGUGCCCAACUGAGAUUAUCGCUUUCUCGGACCGUGCUGCUGAGUUCAGCGCCAUCAACACCGUCGUUCUCGCUGCUUCCACUGACUCUGUCUUCUCUCACUUGGCAUGGAUCAACCAGCCACGCAAGCACGGAGGGCUCGGAGAAAUGAACAUCCCAGUGCUCGCUGACACCAACCAUCAAAUCUCUCGUGAUUAUGGAGUUCUCAAGGAGGAAGAUGGAAUCGCUUUCCGCGGUCUCUUCAUCAUUGACCCACAACAGAACCUUCGCCAAAUCACCAUCAACGAUCUUCCAGUCGGACGCUCUGUCGAUGAGACUCUUCGUCUCGUCCAAGCCUUCCAAUUCGUGGAGAAGCACGGAGAGGUUUGCCCAGCUGGAUGGACUCCAGGAUCUGACACCAUCAAGCCAGACGUCAAGAAGAGCCAAGAAUACUUCGGAAAGCACUAA